GGAGGUGACUGAAGCGAGCCCAGCCCCUUGCAUCCUCCCCCUGUGAACCUCCCUCCCCUUUUUUUCCGCCUUCAGUAGCUACAGACGCAGCACCUGAGCCGCUGCUGCCGCUCGCUCAGAACAACACUAUGGCUGAGCCUGGGCACAGCCUCCAUCCCUCUGCCAGAGGCAGGGGAAGAACUGAGCGGCGCACACUCCGGCUUCUGCGGCUGCUGCUCUGGGUUGGGACCGCCUUCCAGGUGACUCAGGGAGCGGGACUGGAGCUUCACGCCUGCAAAGAGUCUGAGUACCACUACGAAUAUACUGCGUGUGACAGCACGGGUUCCAGGUGGAGAGUCGCCGUGCCACACACCCCAGGCCUGUGCACCAGCCUCCCUGACCCAGUCAAGGGCACCGAGUGCUCCUUCUCUUGCAAAGCCGGGGAGUUUCUGGACAUGAAGGACCAGUCAUGUAAGCCAUGCGCUGAGGGCCGCUACUCCCUUGGCACAGGCAUCCGGUUCGACGAGUGGGAUGAGCUGCCCCAUGGCUUUGCCAGCCUCUCAACCAACAUGGAGAUUGAAGACAGCACCAUUGGGUCCACCGGGAACUGCACUUCGUCCAAGUGGGUUCCUCUGGGCGACUACAUCUCCUCCAACACGGAUGAGUGCACAGCCACGCUGAUGUACGCCGUCAACCUGAAGCAGUCUGGCACCGUUAACUUUGAGUACUACUACCCAGAUUCUAGCAUCAUCUUCGAGUUUUUUGUUCAGAAUGACCAGUGCCAGCCCAAUGCAGAUGACUCCAGGUGGAUGAAAACCACAGAGAAAGGAUGGGAAUUCCACAGUGUGGAGCUAAAUCGAGGCAAUAACGUCCUCUAUUGGAGAACCACCGCCUUCUCGGUGUGGUCCAAAGUUUCCAAGCCUGUGCUGGUGCGAAACAUCGCCAUAACAGGUGUGGCCUACACUUCCGAAUGCUUCCCCUGCAAACCAGGCACGUAUGCAGACAAGCAGGGCUCCUCUUUCUGCAAACUUUGCCCAGCCAACACAUAUUCCAAUAAGGGAGAAACUUCUUGCCACCAGUGCGACCCUGACAAAUAUUCAGAAAAAGGAUCGUCCACCUGCAGAGUGCGGCCAGCCUGCACGGACAAAGAUUACUUCUCCACUCACACGGCCUGUGAUGCCAGCGGAGAGACGCAGCUCAUGUACAAGUGGGCCCAGCCGAAAAUCUGCAGCGAGGACCUGGAGGGGGCGGUGAAGCUGCCCGCCUCUGGUGUGAAGACCCACUGCCCACCCUGCAACCCAGGCUUCUUCAAGACCAACAGCAGCACCUGCGAGCCCUGCCCUUAUGGCUCCUACUCCAACGGCUCCGAUUGUAGCCACUGCCCAGCGGGGACUGAACCCGCCGUGGGGUUUGAAUACAAAUGGUGGAACACGCUGCCCACGAACAUGGAGACGACCGUCCUCAGUGGGAUCAACUUUGAGUACAAGGGCAUGACAGGCUGGGAGGUGGCUGGCGACCACAUUUAUACAGCCGUUGGAGCCUCAGACAAUGACUUCAUGAUUCUCACUCUGGUGGUGCCAGGAUUUAGACCUCCCCAGUCGGUGAUGGCAGACACGGAGAAUAAAGAGGUGGCCAGGAUCACAUUUGUCUUUGAGACCAUCUGUUCCGUGAACUGUGAGCUCUACUUCAUGGUGGGUGUGAAUUCUAGGACCAACAGUCCGGUGGAGACCUGGAAAGGUUCCAAAGGCAAACAGUCCUAUACCUACAUCAUCCAGGAGAACACCACCAUGAGCUUCACCUGGGCCUUCCAGAGGACCACAUCUCAUGAGACAGGGAGAAAGUACACCAAUGACGUGGCCAAGAUCUACUCCAUCAAUGUCACCAACGUUCUGGAUGGGGUGGCUUCCUACUGCCGUCCUUGUGCCCUGGAGGCCUCUGACCUGGGCUCCUCUUGCACCUCUUGCCCUGCCGGCUACUAUAUUGAUCGGGAUUCAGGAACUUGCCACUCCUGCCCGCCUAACACAAUCCUGAAAGCCCACCAGCCUUACGGCGCCCAAGCCUGCAUACCCUGUGGUCCAGGGACCAAGAGCAACAAGAUCCACUCUCUGUGCUACAAUGAUUGUACCUUCUCAGUCAACACUACGACCCGGACUUUUGACUACAACUUCUUGGCUUUGGGAAACACUGUCUCUCUGGCUGGAGGGCCGAGCUUCACUUCUAAAGGGUUGAAGUAUUUCCACCACUUUACCCUCAGUCUCUGCGGAAACCAGGGUAAGAAGAUGUCUGUGUGCACGGACAAUGUCACCGACCUCCGGAUUCCUGAUGGUGAGUCGGGUUUCUCCAAAUCCAUCUCGGCCUACAUCUGCCAGGCGGUCAUCAUUCCCUCGGAGGUGACAGGCUACAAGGCCGGAGUGUCCUCGCAGCCUGUCAGCCUCGCCGAUCGACUCAUCGGGGUGACAACAGAUAUGACUCUGGAUGGAAUCACCUCCCCAGCUGAACUUUUCCACCCGGAGUCCUUGGGAAUACCGGACGUGAUCUUCUUUUAUAGGUCCAAUGAUGUGACCCAGUCCUGCAGUUCUGGGAGAUCAACCACCAUCCGGGUCAGAUGCAGUCCCCUGAAACCUGCUCCUGGAAGUCUGCUGCUGCCAAGCACGUGCUCCGAUGGGACCUGUGACGGCUGUAACUUCCACUUCCUGUGGGAGAGCGUGGCCGCUUGCCCGCUCUGCUCGGCUGCCGACUACCAUGCCAUCGUCAGUAGCUGCACAGCCGGGAUCCAGAAGACCACUUACGUGUGGCGUGAACCAAAGCUGUGCUCGGGUGGCAUCUCCCUGCCUGAGCAGAGAGUCACCAUCUGCAAAACGAUAGACUUCUGGCUGAAAGUGGGCAUCUCUGCAGGCACCUGUACUGCCAUCCUGCUCACCGUCUUGACCUGUUACUUCUGGAAAAAGAAUCGAAAACUGGAGUACAAGUAUUCCAAGCUGGUGAUGAACGCUACCCUCAAGGACUGUGACCUGCCAGCAGCUGACAGCUGUGCCAUCAUGGAAGGCGAGGACGUGGAGGACGACCUUAUCUUCACCAGCAAGAAGUCACUUUUUGGCAAGAUCAGAUCGUUUACCUCCAAGAGGACUCCUGAUGGAUUUGACUCGGUGCCACUGAAGACCUCGUCAGGAGGCCCAGACAUGGACCUGUGAGGGGCACUGCCCUGCUGCACCUGCCUCCUCGCCGGGCACAGCACCUUCUAAACCUGUGGCAAUGUGGGUGCCAGCUUCCUGCCACACCCACUGCUGGAAAUCUCUUCAUUGUGGCCUUAUCAGAAGUUUGAAUUCCAGAUCUUUGUUUUGUUUUUUAAUAGAAUCCCUGAACCCUCCUUUCUGCUUGCCUCAAACCUGCCAAAUAUACCCACACUUUGUUUAUAUUA